UACGCUGAGUUUUUCAUAACACCUAUUCGGUUUGCUUUGCUUGAUUUUUUUCUCUGAUUCUGCCAUAUGAGUGAAUGAGUUCUGGUCGAUUAAUACAGAUAUCGCGCAAGGGUUAGGCUGGAGGCAUCAUAACAAUGAGCAAUGUCCUAUACCGAGUUAGAACACGGUUAUCAAGGUUUGAAGAAAGCACGUCCAGCAUUUUAUUUUGGUGAUUCUACUGUGCGGGUGAACCAUCGGGGAGAUCUCGCCGAACUAGGCGACGAUGAACUGUCCGGAGAUGAGGGCAAUCAGGUGCUUGUUGGCAUCUGUGCUAUGGCCAAAAAGUCCCAAUCAAAGCCCAUGAAUGAGAUACUCACGAGGCUACGAGAAUUUGAGUAUCUUAAAAUGAUAGUAUUUCCUGAAGAAGUUAUUUUAAAGAAACCUGUUGAGGAAUGGCCAUUGGUGGACUGCUUAAUAUCAUUCCAUUCAAAAGGAUUUCCUUUGGACAAGGCAAUACAGUAUUCACAACUUAGGAGUCCUUUUAUUAUUAAUAAUCUGCACAUGCAAUAUGAUAUUCAGGAUCGGAGGAAGGUUUAUUCCAUUUUAGCUGCCAAUGGUAUUGAAAUACCACGAUAUGCUGUUUUAGAUAGGGACUCACCUGAUCCUAAACAUCAUGAGUUGGUAGAGUCAGAAGAUCAUGUAGAAGUCAAUGGUGUUGUCUUCAACAAGCCUUUUGUAGAAAAGCCUGUAUCUGCAGAAGACCACAACAUCUAUAUUUAUUAUCCAACUUCAGCUGGGGGCGGCAGCCAGAGACUCUUCAGGAAGCCGACGCACAGAAAGAAAGCAGGGGAGGUUAGGAGUUGCUUACAACAGCUGCCCCGCAAAAGCAACGUUGUAGUUAUUGGGAGCCGUAGCAGUGUUUACUCUCCAGAGUCACGAGUGCGUAAAACUGGUUCUUUUAUAUAUGAAGAUUUUAUGCCAACUGAUGGAACUGAUGUCAAGGUCUAUACUGUGGGACCUGACUAUGCACAUGCUGAGGCUCGCAAAUCUCCAGCUCUUGAUGGCAAAGUGGAACGUGAUUCUGAAGGAAAGGAGAUUAGAUACCCAGUUAUCUUAACAAAUGCAGAGAAAUUAAUUUCUCGGCGAGUUUGUCUAGCAUUUAAGCAGACUGUUUGUGGCUUUGAUCUACUUAGGGCAAAUGGUCGCUCUUAUGUAUGUGAUGUUAAUGGAUUUAGCUUUGUCAAAAACUCAAACAAAUACUAUGACGACUCUGCCAAAAUUUUAGGGAACAUGAUCCUUCGGGAACUUGCUCCUACUCUCCACAUUCCAUGGUCUGUCCCAUUUCAGCUUGAUGACCCUCCAUUUGUGCCUACAACCUUUGGUAAAAUGAUGGAAUUAAGAUGUGUUGUAGCUGUCAUUCGGCAUGGAGACAGAACACCUAAGCAGAAAAUGAAAGUUGAAGUUCGUCAUCCUAAAUUCUUUGAAAUAUUUGCCAAGUAUGAUGGGUACAAACAUGGUCAUGUAAAAUUGAAGAGACCCAAACAGCUGCAAGAAAUCUUGGACAUAGCUCGGUCAUUACUCUGUGAUAUUAAAACACAUUCAGCGGACUGUGAGAUAGAAGAGAAGCGGGGGAAACUGGAACAGUUAAAAAGUGUUCUGGAAAUGUAUGGACAUUUCUCAGGAAUUAAUCGUAAAGUUCAGAUGAAAUACCAACCCAAAGGGAGGCCAAGGGGUUCAAGUAGCGAUGAUGGUACAGAUCUUAAUGCUCCAAAGGAACCAUCAUUGGUUCUAAUUUUAAAAUGGGGAGGAGAACUCACACCUGCAGGCCGUAUCCAGGCAGAAGAAUUAGGUCGAAUAUUUAGGUGCAUGUAUCCUGGAGGACAAGGUGAGUAUGCAGGCACGCAGGGUUUGGGGUUGCUGCGACUCCAUUCAACGUACCGCCAUGAUCUCAAGAUAUAUGCGUCCGAUGAGGGACGUGUUCAGAUGACAGCAGCAGCUUUUGCCAAAGGACUGUUGGCAUUGGAAGGAGAGUUGACACCAAUCCUGGUCCAGAUGGUGAAGAGUGCCAACACUAAUGGACUUCUAGACAAUGACUGUGAUUCCAGCAAGGUUCAAAACAUAGCAAAAUCGAGGCUGAACGAGCUGAUGCAGCAAGAUCGAGAACUUAAUUCAGAUGACAGAGCCAAAAUUAACCCAUGUAAUUCCCUAAGUAUAGAUCAAGCCCUUGAUUUUGUAAAGAAUCCUGUUGCUUGCUGUGAGAGGAUGCAGGACUUGAUACAGAAGCUUGUGGAAAUAGUCCAUGUUAAGAGAGAUGACCCUAAAACACGAGAUGCCAUUCUUUACCAUGGGGAGACAUGGGAACUUAUGGGACGCCGAUGGGGCAAGAUUGAAAAAGAUUUCAGUACGAAAAACAAGAAAUUUGACAUCUCUAAAAUUCCUGACAUUUAUGAUUGUAUCAAGUAUGAUCUUCAACAUAACCAGCAUACUUUGCAAUUUGAGCAGGCAGAAGAACUGUACAUGUAUGCAAAAUACAUGGCCGAUAUUGUUAUACCUCAGGAAUAUGGUCUAACACAGCAGGAAAAGUUAGCCAUAGGUCAAGGUAUUUGCACUCCUCUGUUGAAGAAAAUUCGAGCUGACUUACAGCGAAAUAUUGAGGAGGAAUGUGAUGGAGAAGCUACUGUUAAUAGGCUGAAUCCUAGAUACUCGCAUGGUGUUUCAAGUCCAGGAAGGCAUGUGCGAACAAGACUGUACUUCACAAGUGAAAGUCAUGUUCACUCACUUCUUACAGUGCUUCGUUUUGGUGGAUUACUAAAUGUAAGACCUUAUUCCUUGUAUAAUGCUCUUAAACGGCUUUCAUUUAUUCUUGCUGAAUUUUUGUUUUGGCAGGAGGUGAAAGAUGAGCAAUGGAGGCGAGCUAUGGAAUAUGUGAGCAUGGUUUCAGAACUGAAUUACAUGUCCCAAAUUGUUGUCAUGCUAUAUGAGGAUCCAACCAAAGAUCCUUAUUCAGAGGAAAGGUUUCAUGUUGAGCUCCACUUCAGCCCUGGAGUCAAUUGUUGUGUUCAGAAGAAUCUUCCUCCAGGUCCUGGUUUUCGCCCACAUAGCCGUAAUGAAUCUAAUAAGCCUUCCAAUUUGGAGGAAUCUGAAUUAGAGGAAGAUAAUGGCAGCUUACCAUCUGGAUCACCCCAACCACCGGAAAUUCCUCCGGAAGUGGAGCUUACUCCGCCAGUACCAAUUGAUGGAGAAAAACAAUCCAACAUCAAAGUUUCUAAACCUAUUCCAAUUAAAGUGUCCCCAAGUAGGGUAGGUAGUGGUGGUAAUGUUUCCAGCCGCCUUGUCUCAGAUAUUUCGGAAGAAGGUGAUCCACAACAUAGCAGUUCGUACUCAGGUGCACCUAAAAAUGAGGUAGAUACUGAACACAGAAGCCGCAGCUUUGAACAGGCAAGAACUGAACCAACAACCUCCCAUGGAACGGCUGAGUCUAGGAUGCUCCACCAGAGUCUUGAUGCAGUUAAUAAGCCAGACUUGAACUGUCCUUUUCCGAUAUACAUCAAGCAUUCAGAUCUUUUGCCCCUUCUGCAGAGCAGAGGCAAACGUCUUAGCAGCUCUGCUGACAAUAUUCUUCAAGACCCCGAUUCCCCUCCUCCCCCCAGUACGUCCGAGCCCACCAGCUCCCCUAGUUCCCCUGACGGAAGCAACCCUGAGCAGAGACAGCUCUUGGUCCUGUGCAAGCGUCUCAGCAGCUCAACCAGCAGCAUUCAUUCAAGCCAGGACUCUGACAUAGCUACCCCAUUGAUCGCACCCACUCGAAGACAGGCUCAACCAAAAAGGUUGAGCCUCCCCGCCCCUCCACACCCCCACCCCCUGACUAGCUACUUGACCACCUGUCCCGAGAACUCAUCCUUGCCCUUGCCCGGUUCCCAACCCCCUUUUCUCGUGCACUCUCUGUCCUCUCCUGCCUUGCCCCUACCCUACCCUGAUGCGAACCCACCCUCCGCUUCCCUUGCGUUGUUAGAGCGCGCGUUGGUCCGGCGACAUCGGCACAGCGUCUCCGGCCAGAUGAGCUACUUCAAGAUGCUCGGCUUCGGGCUCUCCCCGGGCGGGGGCUUCGUGGUCCAGCAGAAGAAGCCCGGCUGUGGCUCCACCAGCUCCCUGUUCUCCACCGCCGUCAUUUCGGGCUCCAGCUCGGCCCCGAAUCUUCGAGACAUGAUCCCCAGCACACCCUCCAUAUCAGCUAUAGAUGGGUGUGGUGGUGUACCACCCAUACGACCCUUGGAAACAUUGCAUAAUGCUCUGUCUAUGAAGCAGCUAGAUGGAUUCCUUGAUGCUAUGACAUCUUCACUCCAACAGAAGACACCCAUACCAUCGCCUCCAAAAGUACCAAGUACCCCAACGCCUCAAAGUAACAGUUGGAGUAUGUGGAGUAAUGAGCCUCUAGGCUAUGAUUGUGGGGUUGACGUUUGUGGUGAUGCUGGAAGUGAAGGUGGGGGAGUUGCAACUUGUGGUUAUGGAAAUUUGGGACUGGAAGGAGCUGGUAGUGGAGACCUGACCCCUUGCUCUGCUGGUUCAGAGCUAGAAUUUGAAGAUGAUGAAACAGUUCAUGCCUCUCAUAGUGAUCCAGUCAACAUUACUAGAGAGCGUCCGACUGAGGACCACUCCUUUGUACAACAAGGAUCGCCGGGCUUGUAUCGGGAGUCAACCGGAGAAGAUGAAGAAAAGGAGGAAUCAACUCCCGUUCUUACUGUUGCCAGUAGUUUCACAGACAGUAGUUCAAUACAACGAGGUUUUGUUAUAUCUGAAGAAAAUUUGAAGAAAAAGUGAUUAGAGCUUUUGCUAUUUUUUUAAAUAUAUAGAUUUAUUGAAGUGUGAUCAUGAUUGGAAAGCUUUUAACUGUAUUUUAUAGAAUGUAUUGAGUUUGUAAUAUAUUUUACAUAUUCUGCAUCAA